GCUGCAGCGGCGACCUCGCGCGUCCAGGAGCCCCGCGCCUCCCGCGUCCCUCGGCUGCCGCCCGAGCUCCCGGCUGCUCGCCAGGCCCCCGAGACCCAGCGCCCCGCCGCCCAGGACCGGCCCGCGCCCCGCAGGCCCCGCCGCCCGCGCCGCCAUGGGGGUGGAGGGAUGCACCAAGUGCAUCAAGUACCUGCUCUUCGUCUUCAAUUUCGUCUUCUGGCUGGCCGGAGGCGUGAUCCUGGGCGUGGCCCUGUGGCUCCGCCAUGACCCCCAGACCACCAACCUGCUCUACCUGGAGCUCGGAGACAAGCCUGCACCCAACACCUUCUACGUCGGCAUCUACAUCCUCAUCGCCGUGGGCGCCGUGAUGAUGUUCGUCGGCUUCCUGGGCUGCUACGGGGCCAUUCAGGAGUCGCAGUGCCUGCUGGGGACGUUCUUCACCUGCCUGGUGAUCCUCUUUGCCUGCGAAGUGGCCGCCGGCAUCUGGGGCUUUGUCAACAAGGACCAGAUCGCCAAGGACGUGAAGCAGUUCUACGACCAGGCGCUGCAGCAGGCCGUGAUGGACGACGACGCCAACAAUGCCAAGGCUGUGGUGAAGACCUUCCACGAGACGCUCAGCUGCUGUGGCUCCAACGCGUUGACGACGCUGACCACCUCAUUGUUCAAGAACAACCUGUGUCCCUCCGGCAACAGCUUCUUCAACAACUUGAAGGAGGACUGCCACCAGAAGAUCGAUGACCUCUUCUCCGGGAAGCUGUACCUCAUCGGCAUCGCGGCCAUCGUGGUUGCUGUGAUCAUGAUCUUCGAGAUGAUCCUGAGCAUGGUGCUGUGCUGCGGCAUCCGGAACAGCUCGGUGUACUGAGGCCCCGCCGCGCGCGCAUGCGCCGCCGGACCCCCGCCUGGGGCGCUGGCUCGCUUGCGCGAAGACCGGAAAUCCCGCCUGUGUAUAUAACUUUUCUGGUAUUACUCUGCUACACUUAUUAACCUUGUUACUUUUGAGGUUUUGCUUUUGUCCUGAAGUUCCCCCAUUACCUUUGGGGGCUGACGCCACCUGUGGGUGGCAUGCGAGUAUGGGCCCUGGGGACUGCAGGGCGGGGUCCCCUCUGCUUCUGCGGCCGCCUGGGGGACCUGAGGCGGCUCUCUAGGAACCUCCCGCCCGCGCGCCAGACCCUGUGGACCACAAGGCGCACGCCUUUUUUUAAUCCUUGUCCCGUCCCGCCACCUGCCUCUAGAGCCGGGCCUGUGAGCAGCCUCACGCCUUCAUUGCACCUGUCCUUUCUAACACCUCCCCUUUCAUUGUAAUUACAUCUUGAAAAUCAUUCAAUAAAGAAGGAAAAACCAGGCAUGC